AUGGAUUUCCAGUGUGUCCAACGGAGUCCAACGGGGCGGGUCCCAGGUAAGUACCACAGCUGGAAUCGUUGGGGCCGCGUGGGCGAAUCCGGCGCGACCAAAUUCGUGUCGUUUACAACUCCGGAACAGGCCAUCAAGGCGUUUGAAUCCAAAUUUCGUGAAAAGACCAGCAACUCUUGGGAGAGCGCUUUCAGCGAUUUCAAACCCAGGAAAGGCAAGUACAUCAUCGUCGAGACCGACGAUGCUGGCGGUGGUGGUGGAGCUCCAAUGGGCAAGCUGACAGCGGCUCAGAUUGCCAAGGGCCAAGCCGUUCUGGAUAAGAUUGAAGUUGCUUUGAAGAAGAAAGGUUCUGAUUUGGACGAACUUUCCUCGCAGUACUUCUCAUUGAUCCCACACGACUUUGGUCGAAAGCGACCCACGUCCAUCAAAACAGCCGACCUGUUGGAACAACAGCAGGAGCUGCUGAAGUUUUACCUUCGCAUGGGAUUUGAGGAGGUCGAAAGCAGCGCUGCCAUCAGCCCGGUGGAAGGCGUCAUGGAACUGCCGGUGCCUUCAUCCCUGGACGAUGCGGCCACGGCGGUGGUGAAAAGUAAGGACUCCAUUAAGGCAAGCAACAAGAAGGGGGCGGAGCUGGCCAAGAAACAGGCUGGAAAGCCUAAAAGGAAGAUGACGGAAAAGGAGUAUGCUGCCAUCAUGCUGUACACGUCCAAUGCCAUCUACAAGGACCUCAACCAAGCACUGAGGGACAACAACCGCAGCAAGGUCAAGAAGUACUUCAAGUAUUUGCGCCUGUUUUUUGAGUCAAUGGAUGCGUUGCCAAAGCAAAAACGCAAGCUUUGGCGUGGCCUUUCUGUGGACUUGCACAAGAACCCGCAGUACAAGGUGGGGGGAACUGUGGUCUGGUGGGGCAUCUCCUCGUGCACUUCAGACGAGAAGGUCGCCAAGGGCUUCGCGCACGGCUGCGGCGGGAAGGCCACGGUGAUCACGGUGGAGUCCAAGACUGCGGCGGAUAUCUCCCAGGUCACCUUCUACAGCAACGAGAAGGAGAGUCUGCUGUCGCCCGGAACAGAGCUGAAGGUGAAGAGCAACAAGAUGAACGGAAACGUUUGCGAGAUCACACUUGAGGAGGUGGACGCUUUGGUGAAGGAGGUCGACCGCUUGCGGCAGCGCUGCCGGGAGCAUCUCCAACGGAAGCCGGAGCCGAAAUCCACCGCUACGGUGGCGACGUCCUUCGAUGAGGACGUGGCAAGCAUGAUGGACUUGCUUAGUCAGCAGUUGCAACCGCAGGCAGUGGGAGAUUGUGCGAGAGUCAUCUUGGAGAUCCAAUGA